GGUCGACACGGCGCUUCGGCGGAAGCUGCCGAUCUGACAUCUGCUUCGAAGCUCCGGUGCUAGACGUAACAUCGGUAGCCUUUUUAGCCUUGGCGAACGGGACUCGUUAUAGAAAGGAGAAAAACAAAAAAGUCAGCGCUCUAUCCAGGUAAACAAAACAAAAUCGCGUUGGAUCGACGGCGUGCAAACAAGCACAGACUCGCUCUCGACACGACCACGCGCUUUCCCGUGGAAUGAGCGUUCCAUGCAGCAUCCUAGGUAUGAAUGACGUGGCCUGGCAGGAGGCAAGGGGCGGGAUGCUGCAUGCUAAUGGUGCUCCUGAAACUGGAGGUGUCAGAGUUCAUGGCGGAGGCGCUCUAGCUACUGUUGGGGGUGCCGGGCAGGCUCCAACCGGGCCACAUCUACAGGGCAUGGAGAGGGUUGCAAACCCAAACCCUGGUACCCCGCAGCCGCCACUGAGUGGACGAUCUCAGGAUGAUGCCACAGUUGGGUAUUUCUUCCAGAGGCAGCCUGGGGACCAGCUUGUAGGCUGUGCACCCAAUAAACAUCGCUGGCCAACUGGAGAUGCUAAUCAUGUUGAUCAGGUUCGUGCUGUUGAUGAAAUGAACUAUGACUUUCAAGCUCUAGCGUUGGAGUCCAGGGGCAUGGGAGAGCUUUUACCAGCAAAAAAACUCUGGGAUACUGAUGAGAUGGCCAAGGAUGGAAGGAAGGUCAUGCUUCUUGGAGAGGAGUGGCGAGAAAAUGCAUGGGGACCGUCACAAAAUGUUUCUGCAGUUGAUGUGGCGGCUUUUCAUUUAGAUCAUUCAGUGUCUCAGCCAAUCAUGGUGCAGCGGAGGCCAGGCCAGGCUUUCCAUGGAAAUGGUGAUGCCAGUUCUGUGCUCUCACCCCGCUCAGAAGGUGGAGGCCUGGGUGUGAGCAUGGUGGAGUACGUCCUGAGCUCUUCGCCUGGUGACAAGAUGGAUGGUCGCUACAGGAAUGGUGGCUAUGUAAGUCACGGUGGUGGAGAAGCUGACCAGGAUGUGAGAGAGAAGAAUGACAGCCAAGAGAAAGUGUCCCCGUUUGAAGAGGACAAGAACUCUGACAUGAAGGUUGGAGAGGACAGCGAUCCCACUAAAGCCAGCGGAAGAGGUCUUCUCAAUGGCAUGGACAGAGACUGCAAAGACUUCAAUCCAACACCUGGAAGUCGUCAAGCUUCCCCAACUGAGGCAGUGGAGAGAAUGGGCCCCAGUCAGACGGGAUUAGAGAUGAUGGGCCAACACCAUCCUCAUGUUCUCCAACAACAGAACCCUGCCCAAAACAAGGCCCCGCCCGAGGACUUUUCAAACCAGGAUGCUCAGAGCAUGGGUGGUAUGGAGCAGCCGACCGGCGUGGAGUCCCUGCAGUUUGAUUAUGCUGGCAACCAAAUUCAGGUGGACUCCUCGGGAACACCAGUGGGAUUGUUUGACUACAGUUCUCAACAGCAGUUGUUCCAGAGAUCGAAUCCCUUGACUGUUCAGCAGCUCACUGCAGCUCAGCAACAACAGUAUGCCCUGGCAGCAGCCCAGCAGCAGCAUCUCGCUGGGCUUGCACCUGCAUUUUUGCCAAAUCCUUACAUCAUUAAUGCUGCCCCACCUGGAGCUGAUCCCUACACCACUGCUGGGCUUGCAGCAGCAGCCACACUUGCAGGCCCUGCAGUGGUUCCAUCACAAUAUUACGGUGUUCCCUGGGGUGUAUACCCGGCUAAUCUCUUCCAGCAACAGGCUGCAUCUACUGCCAAUCACUCUGCUAAUCAGCAAGCGUCCAACCAGGGGCCGGGUCAGCCACAGGUAAUGCGUACAGGAGCCAACCAGCGCCCUCUUACACCCGGUCAAGGCCAACAGAGUCAACAGGAAUCUCUAGCUGCCACAAACCCUGCGCUGGCCUACACAGGAAUGCCUGGUUACCAAGUGCUUGCCCCUGCAGCUUACUACGACCAGACUGGGGCCCUUGUGAUGGGCCCUGGUGCACGAACUGGCCUUGGUGGUCCCGUUCGUCUAGUUCAGACUCCUCUCCUUAUCAACCCUGCUGCAGCGCAGGCUGCUGCGGUGUCAGCGUCGGGCUCUGGUAACAGCAUGUCUGGUCCUCCAGCCAAUGGGCUGUACCGCUCCAUGCCUCAACCUCAGCCCCAGCCGCAGCAGCAGCAGGCGCCACCACCCAGCAGUGGCCUGCCCUCCAGCUCUUUCUAUGGCUCUGGAUCAGUCCCUGCCUCCUCCCAGAGCAGCUCCCUUUUCUCACACACCUCUCCUGCCCCGCCACCACCAAGCUCUUCGCUGGGCUUCAGUAGCACCAGCAGCUCCCUUGGCGUGGGCCUCGGCUCCGCCCUUGGAGGCUUUGGCUCUUCUGUAUCCAGCUCCACCAGUACCAGUGUCUCCCGCAGGGAUUCCCUGUUGGCAAGCUCUGACCUGUACAAACGGGGUGGCAGCAGCUUGACUCCUAUUGGCCAGCCUUUUUAUAAUAGUCUGGGUUACUCCACUUCGCCCAGUCCCAUUGGUCUUACACCUGGCCACUCCCCACUGACUCCUCCACCUUCUCUGCCCUCUUCUCAUGGAUCCUCUUCCAGCCUCCACCUCGGUGGCCUGACAAAUGGCAGUGGUCGAUACAUCUCUGCAGCGCCUGGAGCAGAGGCCAAGUAUCGGAGUACUGGUGGGACGUCCAGUCUGUUCAACACCAGCAGCCAGCUAUUCCCUCCAUCUCGGCCACGUUACAGUCGCUCUGAUGUCAUGCCGUCUGGGCGCAGUCGUCUAUUGGAAGACUUUAGAAACAAUCGCUUCCCAAACCUACAACUCCGUGACCUGCCAGGACACAUGGUGGAGUUUUCUCAGGACCAACACGGAUCCAGAUUUAUCCAACAGAAGCUGGAGAGGGCCACUCCAGCAGAGAGGCAAAUGGUGUUUGGAGAGAUACUUCAAGCAGCAUACCAACUGAUGACUGACGUUUUCGGGAACUACGUCAUACAGAAGUUCUUUGAGUUUGGGAGUGCAGACCAGAAGCUGGCUUUGGCGACACGUAUUCGUGGGCAUGUCCUCCCGCUGGCCUUACAAAUGUACGGCUGCAGGGUCAUCCAAAAAGCACUGGAGUCCAUUUCCUCUGACCAGCAGGUAAUUACUGACAUAGUUCGUGAGCUGGACGGCCAUGUUUUGAAGUGUGUGAAGGACCAGAAUGGGAACCACGUGGUGCAGAAGUGCAUCGAGUGCGUCCAGCCUCAGGCCCUGCAGUUUAUUAUUGAUGCCUUCCAAGGACAGGUGUUUGUGCUUUCUACACACCCGUAUGGCUGCAGAGUGAUCCAAAGGAUUUUAGAGCAUUGCACCCAGGAGCAGACCCUUCCCAUCCUGGAGGAACUGCAUCAGCACUCUGAACAGCUGGGCCAGAAAUAUCAAGGCGUAUCAUUGGAGAUGACACCCAAAACAUAUUAUACAGUGUCCCGUGAUGCACUGUUUAAGGAUCAGUAUGGCAACUACGUCAUUCAGCAUGUUCUGGAACACGGCAGGCCUGAAGAUAAGAGCAAAAUAGUAGCAGAGGUUCGUGGAAAGGUUCUUGUUCUGAGCCAGCACAAAUUUGCAAGUAACGUUGUUGAGAAGUGUGUGAUCCACUCCUCGCGUGCAGAAAGAGCUCUGCUCAUCGAUGAAGUGUGCUGCCAGAAAGAUGGCCCCCACAGUGCCCUGUACACCAUGAUGAAGGACCAGUAUGCCAACUAUGUUGUCCAAAGGAUGAUCGACAUGGCAGAACCCGCCCAGCGAAAAAUCAUCAUGCACAAGAUCCGGCCCCAUAUUGCCACAUUACGCAAGUACACCUACGGGAAGCACAUCCUGGCCAAGCUAGAAAAGUACUACAUGAAGAGUGGAUCAGAACUGGGCCCCAUUGGUGGCCCCACAAAUGGCCUCAUGUAGUCGCAUUGAUGUCCUGGGUCCCCGGAAGAAAUUGAGGAGUAGAAGCCCCAAACCCCCUGUUCUGUGACAGAUGCUCCUUAGACAUAUGGGUUAGCCUUUGGGAAAUUUCCAAAAAACAAAAACAGAAGUUAACUUCACCUAAGAACGCAUUGACAUCUGACCCCUGUCACUCUGCCGCCCCUCUUGUGGGCUCCUACUGUUGCUCCCAUGGGACACACAGUUGGCAGGCUGGUUUUCUUGGUAAAGCACAAGCCCACUGUUAAUGAUGUAAUUGAUGUAUUUGACUGGUUUUCAUAUUAUCUUGUACAUUGAUUUUAUACCUUGUAAAAACUGUAGAAAAACAAUUCAAAUUUACAGUUCUUACUAUUAACACCAGCAAGUGACUUUAUACGGCUAAACUGCUGGAACCUUUUUAAAAAUUUCCAUUUUGUUUUUGUAACCAGACUUGCGACAGAUGUUCUAAUUAAUUCUAGAUAACUGAAUAUUUGUAUAAUAAUCCUUGAACAGUAAAAGUAAUGCCAAAGCCACUGAGUGAUUUAGUUUUUAAAUGGCACUGCAUAAUAUGGAUGUAUAGAACCCGUUCAUCCAUAAACGAGUACUAUGUGUCAGGUGCCACUCACCCGUAUUUCUUUUACGACCAGAUUGCGAGCUUGGCUUUGGGGAUUGAUGCUUUAGUGUAGUGUUUCUCAGUGAUGGCUUUGUCUUGCCUCUUGUAAUUGCCAUGCUAAGUAGGAAUAUGUUCAUUACCAGUGAUGAACGUUUAAAAAAAAAAAAAGUAAAUUUUUUUUUUUUUAAAUGGCAGGUUUCCGCAUGUGGUACAUACCGCUAUUUAUGAAGUAUAUAGUCGCAACUUGGCUUGUGAGACAACUGAUGGGACGCAUUAACAAAUGCUGUCACUGCCGUUCACUAGCAUUUACUUUAUGCAAGCCAUCGUUAAUCAAGCGCACAUGUUUGGUAUAAAUAGUAGGGGUGGGACAAUACACUUAGGAUGCAAUCAUGAUGUCAUGAUUCGUUACAUAUCACGGCAAUUUAUCACAUCCCUGUUCACACUGAUUAUGCAGAAUUUAAUUAGUGGUGAACGAUUAACAUUAAAGAAGAAAUUAUUCUGAAGUAUAACUUGGACUCCUUGAUGUUUACCUGUUUCCUAUUUCUGGAUUUUAUAAAUUGUGUGUUUUCAAGAGAUUAGUUCUUGGAUGACGGAGUUGACGUUUAAUGAUAUCGCAAUACUCAUUUUUUUAAAAACAAAUACGAUUCGAUACAGGCUCCACAAUACGAUUAUCAUGAUGUGUGGUGUAUCGUUUCACCCCUUGUAAAUAGCGGUACGCUUCACAUACGGGAGUUUGAUCAUUUCAGCAAAACAUCAGUCACUGCCUAGCAGUGCUAACAGUCUCCCUGAUUGCUAUGUGAUGGUUUUGGUACUCGCAGUGCAAACUUGACAAAUCUAAAUUGCUGCAUCCACUGCCCCCCCCCCCCCCGUUUACUUUCUUCAGGCUAUCAAAUCUGGCUUUCUGUAAGGCCAAAGCUGCAGUAACAUAGUUUCUAUAAGCAGAGCAUGAGGUUUGGUUGUAUAGUAGCCGUGUAACCUGGGAUAAUCUUAUGAUAUUGAUCGACAUGUAGGGGCGUUUGUAGAAUCGCGGGUGGGUGUGCGCUAUGCAUCGGCAUGCUGUGACAGGUUUUAAUACCUGUAAUGAAUUUUGUUUUUCUUCCUUCUUAUCGUGUUUUGUGCAACAUCUUGCGUCUUGUAGUUUGAGAUGAGCACUGCCCUCAAAAAGGCAUCUUUAUAUAUUGAAUCAUCUCUUGUGUAGACGUAGUUUAGCAAUGUUUAGCAUCUUUACGUAUGAGUUGAUUGUUGCUUUUGGGUAGGGGGCUUGCAGUAAUGAUGAAAACCCCACCACCUGAAGGUCAGCAGGCCAAAAAAAAUAAUUAUUUAAAAAAAAGUUAGGAAGUGGAGUUUAUCCCAGUCUGUAGAUCGGAGAAGGAUUGAGAUAGAACAAGUGUAAUAGGCAGAUGUAGAAGGGACCUUCAAAGGUUCAAUUUUCUUUUGUUCGGUUGAGUCCGUAAGUGUAUCGGUGGAGGCUGGUGGGGCCAUCGAAAUCUAUACAAUUCACCUGUACUGCUUGUAGUGAUGGCUUUGCUUCGUAUGAAUAAUUGUAGAAUACAUGUAGUAUAUGUUCAGGUAAUAUGUGUAAGAUUCUUAGCUUAAUUGAAAUGUCUAGUCGUGGUGUUUGACAGGUCUGGCUAAAUUUGUAGUGAUGCUUUUAUUUUGUCUGUACAGUUGUACAUUUGUAAACGUUCAUGCUGUAAAUGGGAUGUCUUUUACACUUUUUGGGAAGGAAAACAAAGCAAAAAUGUACUUUUUUUUCUUUUUUUAAUAUGUGUGUAUAUUCAUCACUCCUUUCCCUCACUCUUGGAUAUAAUGUAUACAGUUUUAUUUGAUCAGUUAUUUCAAUGGGAGGAAAAAAAUUUUACAGCUCCCAAUCUGGCAUGGUUCUUGCUUUUAAUCUGUUUGUGGGAAAGGCCGGCCUCUGACGUGGAGCCAUGACAUCCACUGUUGAUAGUCCUCCUGAUGUGUGACAGUUUAAAAGAAAAAGUCAACUACUCAGACCAAGGUUGCAUUUUUUUUUUUUUUUUUUUUUUGUCCUCUCUGCUACCAUAGCAACUUUGCAGGAUAUGACGAGAAUUAUUUUUGUACAGAAGAAUGCUGUAUUUUGGAACAGCUACUGUCUUGUAAGCAAAAGCAAAUGUAAAAUAAUGUCAAUUAUAUAAAUAUGAACAUAGGAGUUUUGUCACACUGUCAGUCAUGUACAUUUUCAGGUGGCCUUAUGUACAUUUCCAGAUGUUAGAUGAAGAAAAAAAUCAUUUUUUUGGAAGCAGAGUUGUGACUAUGUAUGAUUAAACUGUUGUUUUAACAUUUGA